AUGACGGCAGCAUCAUCGCGUUUCUGUGGUGGUGCUGCCGCCGCAUCAUCGGUGUGCGCUGCGAUGCAGGAGGCGGAGCACAGCUUUCUACGCCAUGUAAUUCCGCUGCGUGUGCAUGGACCCGGGCCGAUGACAGUGCUGUACCGCCACGCCUUCAUCCACCAGGAGCACCUCAUCCACCGUGUGCUUGGCGCACUGGAGGCAGUGCCGCUGCCGGCCCUCCCGCGCAUGUUGCUCGCUGAGGGAUUUCAGCGGAUGCUCGAGGGACAGAUACCGCAGCGCGACAUCCGCGCCCUCUUCGAAGAGGCGGAAAGUGAGGCACAUCGUGUGAUACUGCACGCAGAGUUCCACGCGGACGUGGCACGGCGGCAGAAGGAUGCCCAUAUCUACGCGGCCAUAAAGGGUGACCCCCUCACACGACUCCUCGCGUACGAGCUGCGUGCUGCCUGCGGCUAUUAUGCGCAAAUGAUGGCUUUGAGCAGCAGACCCGAGGAGGGCGCGGCGGCGCUGCUUCGAACUCUCAUCGCGGCCGACAUUCGUACUGAUCCCUUCCUGCUGGACGUCAUGCUGAAGUUUGAUUCGCUGCGCCGGGAUUUGACAACGGGUGAGCGUCUGGAACCGUGUGCUCCUUAUGUUGAGGAGUUUGUAAAGGAGUGUUUGCUGGUGGAGCGGGACGCCUUUGGGCGUUUUCGCUUUGAUGCGCGUGGUGACAAUCGCCAUCUAGUACACGGCAUUAAAAUCAACGACAUCACCAAGACGCCCAAAGGCUUUUCAGUUGUACUUGACCCAGUGUUGCAGCAGUAUGGUAACUUCCACCUUGAGCGGAAAGUAGUACACCAGGGCCGGUGGGUAGAGUAUCGUCUCUCAUGCGCCAAGGAGUCGCACCGCGUCGACCCACAGCUGCCUCUUCUUGAAACUAUCAGUGCAAAUAUUCAGGGUGAAGACAAUAGUGGUGCGGAUAACACUGUUGCUGGUGAUGCCACAUCACCGCUUGAAUUUAUCGUGCGGUAUGACGACCCCAUGUGCCGCCGCCACAAGGAGACGUCGCGGGAGAAGGAUGCGGAAAAGGACCAUGUCGAGGUGUUUGAGCUAGCUGUGGAGGAUACGAGCCGCACCUUCUGGGAGAGGUGGUUCAUGGACCGCUGA